AUGCCAUUAUCAUUAAUUUCACCAUCAGAAAACGAUUUUAUUCUUAAAGGAGUUGAUGAUAAUAUUCGUGCUGAUGGAAGAGGACGAUUAGAUUAUCGUCAUGUUGAUUUAGAAACUGGAGUUAUUCCACAAGCAAGUGGUAGUGCUAGGUGUAGACUUGGGGUAGGAACUGAUGUUUUGGUCGGAGUAAAAAUUGAGAUUGGUGCAAUAGAAAUUGAUGGCAACUAUGAACAAGUUGUGGAAAUUAAAUCAAAAAGAGGUAGAGUUGUUUGUAGUGUAGAAUGUUCACCAAUAGCAUCACAACAAUUUGCAGGAAGAGGAGCAGAAGAUAUUAAUAAUGAACUUACCCAAACAAUAGAACGAAUUUUUAAUGGACCACAGGGUGGUUUAAAUCUUGAGAAACUAUGUAUUAUUCCAGGUCAACAAUGUUGGGUUGUUUAUAUUGAUGCCAUGGUUCUAGAUUAUGCAGGUAAUCUUUCAGAUACAAUUUUCAUAACUACACGUGCAGCACUUUAUAAUGCAAGAGUACCAAAGACUACUAUUCAAGAUCAUGGAGAUGGUGAAAUCGAGGUUGAUAUAUCAGAAGAUGUUGAGGAAUGGGAAAGAAUAUAUGGAUGGGACAUGGUACCAAUUGGUGUUACUUUAAAUAGAAUUGGAGCAAGACAUAUAGUUGAUGCUACACCUUUGGAAGAACUUGCAACAGAAACAAAAUUAUUGGUAACUGUUAAUAAAAUGGGAAAAAUAUGUGGAAUACAAAAAAGUGGUAGUGGUUGUAUUGAACCAAGUCUUUUGAAGGAAAUGGUACAGACUGGAAGAACUAUAGGAUUAGGUUUAAUAGAUAGUUUGGAUUCUAUGCUUAAACAAGAAGAAGAAGAAAUAAAUAAAAAACAUGCAAGAAGAGAACCAAUUGACCAACUUGGAUUUUUUGCAACUACUUGA